AUGGUGCGGAUUAGUGAGGCAAUUACGGACGACCAUCGCAAGUUGGAGAGCUUGUACGAAACAAUCGUCAACUCGGAAGAUGCAGACGAGCAGACGCGAUUCCAGAACCAAUUCACAUGGGAGCUGGCCCGACAUGCUGUAGCUGAGGAAUUGGUUGUCCACCCAGCAAUCGAGAAGGUGCUACCAGAUGGCUCCGAAACUACCGACAGAGACCGUCGUGAACAUUCUACAAUCAAAGAAAUGCUUAAUGUCUUCCAAGACCUGAAUUGUUCGGAUGCACGGUUUCUCCCUACUAUCACAGUCCUGAUGGAGGGGUUAACCCAACACAUGAGUGACGAAACAAUUGAGCUCGCCAACCUAGACAGUUAUCUAGGUCUGGAGGAGAGCGAGCAACUCGCCGAGUCUCUGGAAAGCACCAAAAUGUUUGUUCCUUCUAUGUCGCAUCCAGAAAUCCCAAACACGCCGUAUGAGACUAUCACUGGCUUGCUUGCCGCCCCUCUCGAUCAUCUUCAAGACAUGUUUAAGAAAUGGCCGGAGAAGGAGAGUCCAAUGGAAUGA